GCUGGAGAAAAAGCAAUUAUUUGUGUUUUCAAUGUGCAUAGUUCCUCACAAUUUAUUUCGCUGAUGCCAUUACCUACAAGAUUUAAUUCUAAAGCGGCAUGUGAAAGUGGAGUGUGUCGGUGUUGAUGAGACGAAUCAUGUCACAAACUUGUACCAAAUUAUUAAUUUUUUGAGAGGAAUUUGACAGUGUGUAUUUCUGCAAUCAUGAAAUAUAACUCAAAUUUAGAAAUGCUCCCAGCUCUCCUCAAAAGCUUGUAGCACUUCUUGAAGAUUGAACUUUACACCGAGAGGGGCUGUGCCUGAGAGGGAAAGAUGCCUCGAGAUGACGUGAAUGCAGAGGCUGCUGGGGGCAGAGGAGCUCAGGUCGAACCCCAAGGUCCGGAUCUAGGAAAUGGGCCCGUCCCAGCAGCAGACAAUGCAGCAUUGGGAGGCAACAAUUCAAAUAACAAUAGAGCUCGCAACAAUAAUAACCAGAAUCCAUUGAUCAAUGUGAGAGAUAGGUUAUUCCACGCUUUGUUUUUUAAAGCGGCUCUUGCAUAUGCUCGCACGUUUCCAAGACCAGUAAGACGGUUUCUGGAGUUUAUUAUUCUUUUAAAGGCUAUUACUGCUUUUUUUGUGUUGGCAUACAUUCAUAUUGUUUUCUCACGCACUCCCACUAAUUGUUUGGAACACAUUAAAGAUGACUGGCCGAGAGAAGGUAUUUUAAGAGUUGAAAUUUUAAGAAAUGGCGCUGAAGACUACAAUAUAGAAAAAUCAUAUGCGAAAGAAGAAAGAUUACGGCAGGAAAAUGCUGGAGAUAUUAGUAGUGUUUUAGGUAUUCUUUCUAGAGAUGGUUUUGUGAAUAUAGAACCAUCUUCGGUAGAGGAACUUUCUCCAGAUGUUAAUAAUUUUGCUGAUACAUCUUUAAAUAAUAACCCCAAAAACAAAAGUAAUAUAGAUGAGAAAAUUCAGAGCACUGAAGUCAAUGGUGAUAUUCCUGAAGAUUCAACAAUUACUCUUUCUUCUACAUGGGAUGGUUUGCCACUAAAAGCUGACAAGAUUGCUGAGAGUAAUGAAACAAAAACUGAAGAUGUUGCUAAAUCAUUGGGCAAGUCAGACAGAGAGGAGCCUAAGCAAGUUGUCCAGACAGUAACCAAUGUCUGA